GCGGCGCCCAUGAACAUCUUUUGAUCGGAAUACAGUGGUAAAAUACAUGGAGGCGAGAUAGAAAUUAUUUUUGCACUAUAAUUUCCAAAUAUUUGCAUAAAUAUUACAGUUUUACCCCAGUUACUAUAUAAUAUUUCAAAAUUUUAGACAGUGAACACUCAUGUCAUUUUAUUAGUAGGAUACUGUCGUCAAUCAAGGAAACUUGACUUGAUUCAUUGAACAAAAAUUAAAAGAGUUUUUGCUGGUAUGGCGGUAACUUCAAUCACGAAGAGUGUGUGAGAGGUUAUAUCGCAGACAAGAACUGAUGGAUUUUUUAAUAUAUAGGUUUAAGUAAUGGUAAAAAAGAUAGUGUAGUCUGUAAAUUAUAAAUCAGUGUAAUACUGCAAAUUCAAAAUGAUUCCUAAAUCACAUAAAACUGUUUUUGUGUUGGACCAUGGACCAAUAUUUAGUAAAUCUAGUAAAGAGCCGAUUGAUUAUGAUGUGAUCAGCAAGUCCAAAACACCAGGCAUGAUUCCUGCAGCACCAAUCUUUAAAUCUCUAUGGACUUGGUGUAUUGAAUGUGUUCUAGAAUAUAUGAGAAUUAUAUUUGAUAUCUUUCCAGCUAAUCAUUUGAUACAAUUGGUGUCUAGUAAUAAUAGUUUAAAUUCAUGGCUUCAAAAAGAACAGAAUAUACAACAUUUAAUGAUGAGUCUAUCCUAUCUUGGUCCACCCACUGAAGACAGUAUGGAAGAUGAAUACAGUGCUAUGCAUGGUUUAUCCCAAGCUAUAGAAUCUUUGUGUAAACCCAGUGAACUACAACAACAGCUUAUGGAUGAAGAAGAAACUGUUAAAAACAAUGGGCGUAUUGUAUGCUUAACAAAUCUGAAAAGUGAAGCCCAUAUAAGAAUGUUAGAAGAAUGUGUUUUAGAUGCUAUUACACAGCAUAAUAAAUUAGCAGCGGCCACUGACAGUUUAAUUCCAAUAGAUCAUUGUGAAUUGGUUCUUCUCCAUAUUGUUCCUGUAAAUGAAGAACUGAAAAUAACAGAUAAACCAAUAAAAGAAAUUUCACCAUAUUUAUCGUCAGAAGUCCAAGGAACAAAGUCCGGGCGUCAACUUUAUAAUAAAUUGGUUCAUUUAGCCCAGAUACACUAUGAUCUAUCUUCAACCACAGUUACAGGAAUACCAAUGAAGGAAGAACAAAAUGCCAGUUCAUCGGCCAAUUAUGAUGUAGAAUUACUUCAUUCUGCUGAAGCCCAUCGGGAAUUAAUCUCUGCGGCUAAAGCUGGAUAUGUUGAAGGUCUGAUUGUAGCAUCUAAAGAAGGCUUACCUACUAAUACCGUUCUACUCAAGUGGUGUACACCGAAAACAAACGCAGUUGAAUUACAUCAUUGUUGUGGAGCAUAUAGAAUAACACCUGUUGAUGUUAAUAGUCGACCAUCAUCAUGUCUUACUAACUUUCUACUGGGAGAUCGGUCAGUGAUGUUAGAACAGCCUCGUAAAACAGGGGGUAAAGUGAUCUCCCAUAUAUUGGCGAGUCACGGGGGAGAAAUCUUCAUACAUUCCUUACAUACGUACCGAUUUUUAUUAGAAGAUCCACCAUCUAUUAGUGAAGGAUGUGGCGGUCGAGUUACAGAUUAUAGAAUACCUGAUUUUGGUAUAUUCAUGAAAGAAAAUCGUUUGGCACCAGCGACGCCUAUUAUGGAAAGUGAAUAUUCUACCACACCCUUACAGAGAGCUCUGAGUGUGUUAGAAAGAAGAAGCAGAUAUUUACCAAUGGUUAUCAGUGACUCCAUUUUAUCAAGUAUGAUAUCAAGUAUAGAACCUCUGCCAUCCCUAAUUGUAAAGGAAUCUUUAACAGAAGAAGAGGUUUUAGAGUGUAAAAAAGCAAUUUAUCAUGUGGUAGCCAUGGAGAAUAAAAAUGAACCAUUAAUGGCUGCUGCCUCUGGAACAAGAGGAAAAGGCCCAAAAAGAGAAGAACAAUAUCGACAGUUGUGGGCGGAGCUUGAACAGAUGGUCAGUCCGCAUGCUGACUCGUCAUCCAAUCACAGUGAAAUUUUAAACUGUAUUCGAGACUGUAAACGGCCGUCAGAUGACACCAAAUCAUCACCGAAAAAAGAAAAAGGUUCUGUUAAAGAAGAAAAAAUGGAAGUCAGUGAAGCAGACCUCAGUUGGAAGGAAAUGGACAGGUUUCAAGGAUUAUCAGAAAGAGAGAAAACUGAACAGUUCAAGGGAGAUAAAUCUGAUCCUGUUCCUAGUAAAAAAUUCAAGGGAGAAGAGUCUUUUAUGAGAUCAGGAGGACAGAAUUUAUUAUCCAUGUGGACCAACAGAAUAAAAACUAUUCACAAUAAACGUCAUGCUGAAUUUGCUGGUAGAGAGGACAGUACUGGACCAAUAGCUGAGUUAUAUGUGGGAUUGACAGAUAACAAAAAGGAGACAACACCACCAGACUCUAAUCAACAGAAUAUUAAGAGACCACCUCUGAUCCCUGGCAAGUAGAAAAGAAAAAGACAUGACAGAAUACCUCUGAUACCCUGGAGAAUUAAUCAGAUGACAACAUUGUAACAAUCUUGUUCAAGAAAUACGGUCGCAUUAAGUUUAAACAAUUGCUUUUCUUCAUCGUUGUUAUCGUUAAUGAAUAAAUCUUAAUGUAAAUUUAUAUUAAUGGAUAAAUGAAUAGCUGUUAUUGUUAAUUGAAUGAAGACAUGAUAAUAGCCAUGAUAUAAUAAAGAUCUAAUUACCAGCUAGGUAUAUUAAGUACAAAUAUAUUAUGUCUACAUUACCGUGGCUGUAUAUUGGAAAAUGUGGCAGAGAGGGCGACUGCCCCUGGCAUCCAUAUUGCUGUCGCUCCUGACGGCUAAAAUCUAGAAGCUAAAGUUAAUUUCUGAUUGACUUUAAAUUUAUAAGGCCAUGGGAUGAAGAAGUUUAUUGAUUUCCGAUAAUUACUGCCAGAGUGAUAGCCCUUGAUCACUUUGAAAAGUCCUAUGGGCGCUCAAGAGGCCAAAGUGAAUACUUGAUUGACUUUAAAUUUAUAUACAGUGUUUACAGUCACAAGACAAAGAAGACUAUUUAUUUUCUGAUAAUUACUGCCAGAGUUAUGGCCCUUGAUCACUUCAGAAACCUUACGGAGGUGCUAGAGGCUAAAGUUCUUAUAAUUACUUAAUGGGAUAUUACUCUUAAUAAGAUUUUAGUGACAAAAGAAAACAUGCGAAAACCCUUGUUGACUGCUCGGAUGAUUUAGCUGUUGUGCGAGUAUGGUUUGUUCUCUGCCAAGUAUCUUUAAAAAAAUUUAUAAACAAUAUUUUAUUCUCAUUUUUAUCUGAAUAGGGAUUGGGGAACAGGCAUGGCCUAUAUUUAACCCCUCUCUAUUUCAGGUGGGCAUCUAAUCAGAAAGUGAAAUUAAAUAAAAAUUUUUUUAAAUA